AUGAGUAAAUCAGUAAUCUGUCCUCAUGGUUUUCCUCAACGAGGAGAAAUUUAUUUAGUUGACUUCAAUCGCCGCAAAGGAAAAGAGAUUAGAAAAAUCCGUCCGGCAGUGGUAAUUAGCAAUGAUAUUCAAAACCAAUAUGACCACUAUUUAACCGUGGCUCCUAUUAGUAGUGAUGAAAUGGAGAUAAUUCGUCCUUUCGAAGUGUUGAUGCUUAAAACACUUAGCAAUGGUUUAAACUAUGACAGCAAAAUCUUACUCAAUCAAAUUCAUAGUAUCGACCACCAGGCUCGUUUACAAAAAUACUGUGGCAAGUUGGAAGAAAGACUAAUUAAAGAG